GUUAGAUCAUCUUUCUCGUCUUCUUCUUUCAAUCAGUGAUCAAUCUCGUCUUCGAAUCUCAUCAGCUUCAGUCUCCGUUUUGUUUGUGUGUGUGUGGAUGAGAAGCCAAAUUUUGGGCGGCGUUGUUAAAGAGGCUUGAAGCUGUCUCUCCAGCUUGUGGGUUUCUCUCCAUUUCUCUUUUAAUUUGAAUCUGAUUCUGGCUUAGUAAUUCGAGAAAAAUGGGGAACACUUCCUCCAUGCUGACUCAAUACGACAUCGAAGAAGUCCAGAGCCAUUGCCAGGAUCUAUUUGAGCAGCAGGAGAUACUCUCUCUGUAUCAAAGGUUUUGCCAGUUAGAUCGCAACGCAAAGGGGUUUAUAUCUUCUGAUGAGUUUCUCUCUGUCCCUGAGUUCGCCAUGAAUCCACUCUCUCUGAGGCUGCUUAAGAUGGUUGAUGGUUUGAACUUUAAGGAUUUUGUGGCCUUCUUGUCUGCUUUCAGUGCCAAGGCUAGUCUUAAACAAAAGGUUAAACUGAUCUUUCAAGUGUAUGAUUCGGACUGCAACGGGAAGGUCUCCUUUAAAGAUAUCAUGGAAGUGUUGCGGGACUUAUCGGGCUCAUUCAUGUCCGACGAGCAAAGAGAGCAAGUACUGAGCCAGGUUCUGAACGAAGCAGGCUACACGAAUGAAUCUUUCCUAACACUAGAGGAUUUCAUAAAGGUCUUUGGGAGUUGUAAACCGGAGAUGGACGUUGAAAUUCCUGUGGAUUAAGUUUAUGAGAUCAUAUAUGGUCAAACUCUUAACUCCACAUCUCAUCAUGUAUUCGUCCUCUUUGUUAGUAUUUGAUCACAUCUUAAGCAUUGUUUUCAAUUGAUUUAGAUUGAGAACUGUUCUACUACAAGCACAAUUGUUAAUGGCAUCGAAAAUAAAGUUUUAUUCUGUGCUAUA